AUGGGAGAGCGAAAAGGACAGAAUUUCUACUAUCCACCGGAUUUCAACUACAAGACACACAAAUCACUCAAUGGAUAUCAUGGAACACACGCGUUGCGUGAGAGAGCCAAGAAAAUUGAUCAGGGAAUUUUGGUGAUUCGAUUCGAAAUGCCAUUCAACAUCUGGUGUCUGGGAUGUCAUAACCACGUGGGAAUGGGUGUUCGUUAUAACGCGGAGAAGAAGAAAUGCGGAAUGUAUUACACAACUCCACUCUACGAAUUCCGAAUGAAAUGUCACCUUUGCGACAACUAUUACGUGAUUCGAACGGAUCCGAAGAAUUUCGAUUACGAGUUGGUCGAGGGAUGCUCUCGACAAGAGCUCCGCUUCGAUCCAACCGAUAUUCAACAAGUUGGAGCGGUUGAUAGAGGAUUUGCGCAGAAGUUGGCGGCGGAUGCCAUGUUUAAGAAGGAGCAUGAAGCGGAGGAUAAAGAGAAAGCGGCUGGGGAGGAGGGGAGAGUGGAUAAACUGGAAUGGAUUCAGGAGAGAAUGAGAGACGACUUCUCAGCGAAUUCUUAUUUAAGAGCACAGUUUCGGAACGAAAAGAAAUCGCUCAACGAGACGCGCGCUCGUGAUGCGAAUCUCCGUGAGAAGUUAUCAAUCGGAACGACAAGUCUACUUCCGGAGAUAGAAGAGGAUCGGCGGAUGGCUUCGAUGCUGACGAGAUAUAAAGAUGCGAAAUCUCACGACGACUUCCUAGAGACGUCACGAGACCGUAUCGAGUCAAAACGAAUAUUCGGACGGCCCGAAGCCCCAGACACCCCAUCCACGUCAUCUGGAUCAUCUGGAGGACCGACGCCUUCUGAACGUCUAAAAGCAACAAUGAAGGCGGAACGAGACAAACGAAUCAACGCGACGUUCUCUGCGGGGUCUUCUGGAGUCAACUUUUUGGGAAUAAAACGGAAAUCGACGACAUCGCUAGGGAUUCAGAAGAAAAAAGCGGCGCCGACGACGACGGAUGGAGCGGAUACGAAGAAUUCUGUGAAACCUGAAGCCCCGCCUCCUUCUACUAACCCAAUUUCACUCAUUGCUCAAGAAUACGGCGAUUCUUCGGAUUCUGAAUAA